CUGCCCUUCUGUUGUGACAGGUGAGUGCAUGAGGGAUAUAAGUCACAGGAUACAAGUGCCGCAGCUGCUCUACCAUCAACUACUGUGGAACAUAAUCAAGACCCAUGGUGCCCAGGAUCUUCGGUUCUGUCUGCAUUUUACUCUUCCUGCUCAAUGAGUGCGCAAUGGCAGGUGCAGGGGCCCACAUGAACUCUGGCCUGUGGCUGUGCCAGCCAGCACCCAUGUGUGGACACCGGAUGUACGACCCCUUGGAAAAGUGUUGUGACUAUGACACCAUCCUGCCCCAGUCCCAGACCCGCCUCUGUGGCCCCAACUGUACUUUCUGGCCCUGCCUUGAGCUCUGCUGUCCUGAGUCAUUUGGCCCCCAGAGGAGGUUUGUCGUGCGACUGAAAGUUCAAGGCAUGAAGGCCCAGUGCCGUUCCUCUCCCAUCUCCAGGGUCUGUGCCAGCCCUUGAAGGACAACCAGGCCAUCCUCUAGAAGCUGACAACAUCUGGAAGCUUUGUUUCAGAAACUACAGAUAAGGCCCAUCCUGGAUCCUGGGGAAAACAGCCGACCUCCUGGGGCACUGGUAGAAGAAUACCUCCUGGAGACAUCUGAACCU